UUUACCCCUUCCAAAUGUAAAUUUCUCGUGAACUUGAAUGAAACAUUUCUUCCGCUGGAGGACUAAUUAUCGCGUCUUGUCGGGCCGAUCAUUUUAGUAAUGAUAUUUCCGACCGCACCUGAAGGCAGCACCAUAUCACCAGAGAGUACAUAAAGAUCCUGCGGGGUGUGUAGUGGACCAUUCACAUGUGGGACUAAAGUACAUCUGAGCGAGAACCACUUAAGUAUGGAGCUAAACAAUGGAGAGCACAGAAGUAACCCUCUCGCAAAAGCCAAAUUCAUCUCAAGGAUCUUUAUGUGCUGGUUAACGCCCUUAUUGCGCACUGGAUACAAACGGAGGCUUGAGGAAAAUGACAUGUACAGGAUUCUUCCGGAGGAUCGAUCCAAGAGACUGGGAGACGAGCUGCAAAGGUUUUGGGAAUAUGAGGUUAGAAAAGCUGGCAAAGAACUUCGGAAGCCAAAACUCACCAAAGCUCUACUCAAGUGCUAUGGAAAAUCCUAUGCAGUGUUCGGGGUAUUUACAUUUUUGAUGGAGGCAAUUAAAGUGGUCCAGCCUGUUCUUAUGGGGAAACUAAUCCAGUACUUUGAGAAUUAUGACCCCGAGGACAUGACAAGUCUUUACUGGGCCUAUGGUUAUGCUGCUGGGAUGGCUCUCUCCACCUUUGGACUGACUAUCUUCCAACAUCUCUACUACUACCAUGUCCAAAGAAUGGGCAUGAAGAUAAGGGUGGCCAUGUGUCAUAUGAUCUACAGGAAGGCACUUGGUCUUAGCAGUGAAGCCUUAGGAAGAACGACCACUGGGCAAAUUGUGAACCUCCUUUCGAAUGAUGUCAACCGCUUUGAUGAGGUUACACUCAACAUGCACUACCUGUGGGUGGGACCCCUUCAGGCUGUGGUAAUCAUUUUCUUCCUGUGGUACGAAAUUGGCCCUUCAUGUCUGGCUGGCGUGGCAGUCAUUUCCCUCAUGAUGCCCAUGCAGACCUGGUUUGGCAAGCUCUUUGGGAUCUUAAGGAGUAAAACAGCUGUCCUUACUGACAGUAGAAUCCGCAUUAUGAAUGAAGUGGUGUCUGGAAUCAGGAUCAUCAAGAUGUACGCCUGGGAAAAAAUGUUUUCAGCUCUGGUUACUGAAGUCAGAAGGAAAGAGAUCCGUGAGAUCAUGAGGACCUCCUAUUUGCGAGGGCUCAACAUGGCCUCCUUCUUUGCCAGCAGCAAGAUCAUUGUCUUUGUCACCUUCACUGUCUUUGUUCUUUUGGGAAAUCCCAUCUCUGCCAGUCGUGUGUUUGUUACGGUGUCCCUCUACGGUACAAUCAAGCUCACUGUCACCCUGUUUUUUGCACUGGCCAUUGAGAAGGUGUCAGAGACGGUAGUGAGCAUUCGUAGGAUUAAGAAUUUCCUUCUGCUGGAUGAGAUUGACCGACGAGGCUUUGCACUACCUGAGGAGGAAAAUAACAAAAAUUCCCUUGAACUUCAUAAUUUGACCUGCUACUGGGAUAAGAGUCUGGACGCACCGUCUCUGCAGAACGUCUCUCUCACUGUGAAGUCGCGUCAACUCGUUGCUGUCAUUGGACCAGUCGGGGCUGGAAAGUCAUCCCUGCUGAGCUCCAUCCUGGGAGAGCUGCCUCGCGACAAGGGGGUGCUGAGGGUCAAAGGUCAGCUGAUCUACGCCUCCCAGCAGCCCUGGGUGUUCCCUGGCACCAUCCGCAGCAACAUCCUGUUUGGCAAGGAGCUGAACACCCAGAAAUAUGAGAAGGUCCUCAGGGCCUGUGCCCUCAAGAAGGACCUGGGGCUGCUCCCAGACGGAGACCUGAUGCUGAUCGGGGACAGAGGAGCCACGCUCAGCGGGGGGCAGAAAGCUCGUGUUAACCUGGCGAGAGCUGUGUACCAGGAUGCUGAUAUCUACCUCCUGGAUGACCCUUUGAGUGCUGUGGAUGCUGAAGUUGGGAGACACCUCUUUGAACAGUGUAUCUGUGGUCUGCUGAAGAACAAAACUCGUAUCCUCGUCACCCACCAGCUGCAGUACCUGAAGGCCGCCGACCACAUUGUGGUCCUCAUGGAGGGUCAUGUCAUGGCACAAGGUACCUACGAUGAGCUGCGGUGCUCUGGCCUCGACUUUGUGUCCCUGCUGAAGAGCGACGAGGAGCAGGAGCGACGGCCUCAGGCGGCUGACCCCGACAAACUUUCAAUGCUCAGCCAGAAGACGAUUCGCUCCUGUGGCUCUUCCACUUCUCACAACAGCUUACUGCCAGCAGAGAACUGGGCCGACCAGCUUCCUGGGGAAACUGCUCAGACGAUGGCCGAGGAGUCUCGGUUUGAGGGAAAUAUUAGCUGUGACAUUUAUCUCAAGUUCUUCACUGCGGGCUGCAGCUCUCUGGUUUUACUGGCCAUAGUCCUUCUAAGUGUCAUAGCUGAGGCUGCAUAUAUAUUUCAGGACUGGUGGCUGGUAUACUGGGCAAGAGAGCAGUUUUACAACAGCACUGUUGAUCCUGUUAUUAAACAUGGCCCUAAUGUUACUCUCUCAAGCGAAGAGUCACAUCUCUCCUAUUACCUUGGCAUAUAUGCAGCUUUAACAGCAGCGGCUGUUAUCUUUGGCUUUGCCCGAAGUUUAGCAAUAUUUGAUGGCCUGGUGAGUUCGUCUCAGAACCUCCACAACAGCAUGUUCAACGCUGUCCUCCGCACCCCAGUGCACUUCUUUGAUGUCAACCCAAUUGGACGAAUCCUGAACAGAUUCUCCAAAGACAUCGGCCAACUGGACUCCUUGUUACCCAUAACCUUUGUGGACUUCUACCAAUUGAUGUUGCAGAAUAUUGGCGUGGUAGUGGUGGCGGCCUCAGUCAUCCCUCUUAUCCUCAUUCCUGUCGUUCCACUGCUCUUGUUCUUCUUGUACUUGCGACGUUUCUACCUGCAAACAUCACGAGAUGUCAAACGCCUCGAGUCCACAACCCGGAGUCCAGUCUUCUCCCACCUGUCUUCAUCUCUUCAGGGUCUGUGGACCAUCCGAGCCUUCAGAGCAGAGGACAGGUUUCAGAAAACCUUUGAUGACCAUCAGGAUCUGCAUUCAGAGGCUUGGUUUUUGUUCUUGAUAACCUCCCGCUGGUUUGCACUGCGCCUGGAUAGCAUCUGCACCUUAUUUGUCACCAUUGCGACAUUCGGUUGCCUCCUUCUCAGAGACGGGCUGGAGGCCGGGCAGGUGGGCCUGGUGCUGACCUAUGCUGUGACACUGGUGGGAAACUUCCAGUGGACUGUGAGGCAAAGUGCCGAGGUGGAGAACAUGAUGACGUCAGUGGAAAGAGUGGUGGAAUACACUGAGCUGGAGAGUGAAGCACCCUGGGAAACCCAGAAGCGUCCUCCUCCUGAGUGGCCCAACCAAGGCUUGGUGACCUUUGACCGGGUUAACUUCUCCUACAGUGCUGAUGGGCCUCUGGUUUUGAAAGACAUCUGUGCCACCUUCCAACCCUGUGAGAAGGUUGGCAUUGUGGGCAGGACAGGAGCUGGGAAAAGCUCCCUGGUCUCAGCCCUCUUCCGCCUGGCAGAGCCACAGGGCAAGAUCUAUAUCGAUGGCAUUUUGACCUCUGAGAUCGGCCUCCAUGACCUGCGCCAGAAGAUGUCUAUCAUUCCUCAGGACCCGGUGCUGUUCACCGGCACCGUGAGGAAGAACCUGGACCCUUUCAACCAACACACAGAUGAAGACCUGUGGAACGCCCUGCAGGAGGUCCAGCUGAAGGCCGCGGUGGAGGAGCUGCCUGGUAAGAUGGAGACGGUUCUGGCCGAGUCGGGCUCCAACUUCAGCGCUGGCCAGAGGCAGCUGGUGUGUCUGGCCCGAGCCAUCCUGAGGAAGAAUCGCAUCCUCAUCAUCGAUGAGGCCACCGCCAACGUGGACCCCAGGACAGACGAGUUGAUCCAGCGAACAAUACGAGAGAAGUUCAGAGACUGCACGGUGCUCACCAUCGCUCAUCGCCUCAACACCAUCAUAGACAGCGACCGCAUACUGGCACUGGACAGUGGCACCAUCCAGGAGUUCGACCAUCCCUACAUCCUGCUCCAAAACAAAGAGAGUGCCCUCUUCAAGUUGGUGCAGCAGACUGGACAGGUCGAGGCAGCGGCACUCCUGCAGUCAGCCAGACAGGCGUACAGAGGCAGCACCGCAGCCUGAACAUCUCAACUGAGCCUCAGAACGGUGGAGCAGCUUUGUCAAAAGGCUGCUCUUCUUUCAUACUGCUGUGUAAACACACCAGAUGUAAGUAAAGUGUGUCCAGGUGUAAGUUCAUAAGUCACCACCGCUCCUGGCGUUUCUGGAAGACUGGGAACUUCAUCACAUUUAGCAAUGAGAGAAAGCUAUCUUUCCAGAUUUGAUUGAACAGUGGCAAUAUUUCUGUUAUGCACCCCUGAGGAGUUUAACCUGCUGGGGCACCAAGGGUCAACAUUUUCUGCUUUGAAAUCACAGCUCACUCUGCAUGGAUCUGAACAUGUUCAUACAAAGGAUGGAGGCUUUGAUGGAAUGGGGAAUAUUUGAGGUGUACAUUAUUGAUGGCCUCAAAAUUGGAAAACCAUUACAAAUCUGCAGCACUGAAAACACCCACGUGAGCUAAGUGUGUCCAUGGGAUCAGCACUGUCGGCCCAAACAAUCCAGGUAGAGGAUCCUGAGCAAGUAAGCAGGAACAGUCACAUCAGCUGUCACUAUCUCCGCCAGGUGUAGGAGAUCUAGUUUUCACUCCUGUGCGUGUGUGUGUGGGUGUGUAUGUGUGUGUGUGAAUGUGACUGAGUGCAUGUGUGUGUCUGUCUGCAGCUGUUCUUGGAAACUACUGGGCCUAUGAGCUGAUAUUUUUUUGUGCACACUCAUGUCAGUACCAAGAAGAACCUCUUGCAGUUGCUGUGACUCAAAACCGCUCUCCCUCCAUUCACUGUCUGCCCCGCAUGACCAUCUCGCUCUCUCGCUCUCUCGCUCUCUCGCUCUCUCACUCUCUCACUCUCUCACUCUCACUCAAUAAUAGUUAAUAAUGCAUUUAGCUGCUGAGUCUCUCCUGAGUUGUGGUCAGCAUGUAGGGUAGCACAGAGCCGGGCAGCCUGUAGUUUGGAAUAGGGGAAGCAGAAUACUUUACUGCAGGGCCACUCAACUUAAGAUGGCUCAGGGGCCACUCAAAAUUCAGCUGUGUCCAAGGGCCGCAAGCUAAAAAAUGUCUGACCUAUUUUGGACGUUUAAACAAU